CUCAAAGCUGCUUAUGUGAGGUGAUAGGAAUGCACCUCUUCACAAUUGUUCUCAUGUAAAAGUUAAAUUUAAGUCACACUUCCUCUUGACAGAAAUAUCAUGAGGGCUAUCAUUGUAGACUUUUUUUGUCAUCCACAUAAUAUAUUGCAACAGCAUACAUAUAUUUAUAAUUUUUUUAACGUUUUUAAUUAAACGUUUAAUUCCACCAUACAAUCACAGACAUGUACACUUAUAUAAGCCUGCAAAAUAUCCACAUAGCAUGCAGCAAAAGUAUCUUAGUGUCAUCACAACUUUGAAAAACAAAGCAAGUGGGCAAUGACGUCGGUAACAGUAUCACAAGAUCGAGAUGAACGAUAACAUAAAGGCUCAGACACAGCACAGCGCAAAAAGGCUCAGACUCACAUUCAGACACGCUACACCAUUCACCACCAAACAUUAGCCAGAUGGAAAGCACAGUGGCUGUGGGAGCAGUCAUCUACACAUUGUUUGAGGUGCUUAUUGCUGUUAGCUGCUGUCUUGGUAACAUGUUGGUUAUUUUGGCACUGUGGACCAGUAAAAGCAUUCAACAGCCCACCUUCUACCUUGUUGUCAGUCUGGCUGUGGCUGACUUUAUGGUUGGCUGCGUGACCAUACCGCUGGCUGUGGUAAUUGACGGACGAGUUAAGACUUCUUUCUACGGCUGUCUUUUCAUCAACUGUGUGGGCAUGCUGUUGACCCAAGUCUCAGCUUUGUCUCUUGCGGCUACUGCUGUGGACCGCUUCCUCCGGGUGUAUGUCCCCCUCAGGUACAAAAGGACUGUAACAUGGAGACAUUGUUGGCUUGUUGUAGCAGCAUGUUGGCUUGUUGCAAUACCACUGAGCUUUGCUCCCACGCUUGGAUGGUACAAACAUGAAACCUGGUCUAAGUCAGUUAACGCUACUAUUGUUUGCAGGUUUAUAGAUGUGAUCCCCAUGUCAUACCUGGUUUACUUUAGAUUCUUUGUUUGCGCCCUGAUACCUCUGUUGGUGAUGACUGUAUUGUACGGCCACAUUUUCUGGACAAUCCGAGGAAACCUUCGAGAGAAACCAGGCAACGGUGCCCAAGAACAGUCUCAGAUCUACCUAAAGAAAGAAAAACAGCUGGCAGGAUCUCUGUCUCUGGUCUUGGCUCUGUUUGCCAUGUCCUGGCUCCCACUCCACAUUAUGAACUGCAUAUUUUACUUUGGUGGGCCAGAUUAUCUACCAGUAAAAGCUUUCCAUGUUGGCAUCCUGUUUUCUCAUGCUAACUCAGCUGUAAACCCACUUGUGUAUGCGUUCAAAAUACAAAAGAUCAAGACAGCCUACCUGAAGCUGUGGAGUCGAUUUGUUGCAUGUGGAGAAGAAAUUCAAGGAUCUCAGACAACCCAGUCGAUUGACAACAAUCUUGAUAGGGUGGCCAACAAUGAGUGAAA